AUGUCUGAAAACGCUACUGAGGUCGUAUACAUGCCUAUGAGGCCUGGUCUCGAUCUCUCAUCGGGUGAGGCGAAAAAAGUAUGGGACUCAACCUUGAGUACCAUUGCCAAACAGCCUGGUUGUAAAGCAUUGUAUUGGGGUCGACAGAUUGAGAACCCGGAUACCGUCCAGAUGCUCGUAGACUGGGAAUCUAUCGAUGCUCACAAAACUUUUGAGAAAACUCCAGGAUACCAGCCCUUCGUGUCAAGAAUAAUGGAGAAACUGGUAGCCGGCGACCUAACAAUGUUCCACGUAAAAUUCCCGGCGGAACAGCCUGGAUCCGAUAACCCAUUCACCAUGCCUGUCACUGAGUGCUUGAACGGCUUCUUCUCUCCCGAUUACCCACAAGACGAAUACAGUUCCCAGUUCUCUAAGUUCUGCGCCCAGGCCUCUGAGAUACCGAACUCAGGAGCUAAAGGCUUGAUUGGCGGAUGGAGUGUUGAACCGCAUCAGCAUGAGAAGCUUGGUGAGGGUGUUGACGGGAAGUUGUUUGCCGGGUUCAUCGGAUGGUCAAACGUGGAAGCACAUAUGGAGUUUCGUAAAACUGAGGAUUUUGCGAGGAUUAUCCCAUUGUUGAGGGACGGGAUCAAGGGGAUGAAUGUUUGGCAUGUUGCGUUCCAACAAUACAAGUAA